ACUGCUCACCAUGCUCCGUCCAACAGCCCUCCGGCCGGUGCUGCGGUCCUCGCCGCGGUGCCAGCAAUGCCUCCGCCGCAACCUCUUCUCCGGCAAAGGCUCGACCCGCGCAUCGCAAGACUUUGAUCUCAACAAGCUCAAUUCCCAGCGCCGGGACUACGAGCGCCACCGCACGAUAUUCCUCGCUUCCGGAGCCACGGCUGGCCUCAUCUCCUUCAUCUACACGGCGUGGAAGCUGAAGGAGGCACUGGCAGAGCAGAGCGAGAAGCAGAAGCAGAAAAUUGCAGUCAAAUGCGACGCUCCGGCAAUCCCCACCGAGACGUUCAAGACCGAAGCUGGGGAGAAGCGGAAAAUAGUCGUGCACGAUGAGGAAGGGAGGGUCAUUGUCCCCACGGGGAACAGCGUGGUGCCCGCAUUCCCGCGAACAAUCAACGUCAAGCUGCCAACUUCGAAAGAGAGCAACUCCGUUGCGGCGAGCAUAUCGGACAAGGAGGGCGACGAAUUUACACUUGUCGGGCUGGGCGUGCGUACUGUGACCUUUCUCAGCAUCCAGGUCUACAUGACGGGAUUCUACGUUGCGACACAGGACAUUGCGAAGCUGCAGCGGUAUCUGGUCAAGAAGAUCAACCCCAGCGCCACGACGCUGAUACCCGCCGAGAAGGAUGCCCUGCGCAAGGCUCUCCGGGAUGUGGCAGAAGGCGAGGAGACGUGGGAUACGCUGUUGCGAGAGGCCGGCUGCCGCAGCAUCUUCCGCAUCAUCCCCGUCAAGGACACCGACUUCCCGCACCUGCGCGACGGCUUCGUGCGGGCCAUUGCCGCGCGGUCGCAGCGCAACGCGGCGUACAACGACGACGCUUUUGGCGUUGCCAUGCGGGACUUUAAGGCGCUCUUCAACCGAGGCUCCGUGCAGAAGAAGCAGGAGCUGCUGCUGUGCCGCGACGAAAAGGGUCUGUUGUCGGUACUCUACAGCCCUGACAUUGGAAAUGAGCCCAAAAGAGAGGUCAUGGGCACGUUUGGAGAGGAGAGGCUGUCGCGAUUGCUGUGGCUGAAUUAUCUCGCCGGUAGCAAGGUCGCUUCAGAGCCGGCACGGGAGAGCAUCAUUGAGGGCGUCAUGGAGUUUGUAGAGAGGCCGAUUGGAACGGUGGCAACGCAAGUUGUAUAGACGGCAGUAUUGGCCAUGCAAUAUUGAUUGUUACAAGAUGGGGGAAACAUCUUAUGUAUUAUAUGAGCGGCCGGAAUGGUUACCGCUGCCGCAUUCACUUGUCAAAGAAAGAAAGCAAUUCAUCAAAGCGGAGUGUGUGUGACGGAUAAAAUAUUGUAUAUUUGUAACCAGAGACAAAAAAAAAAAAAAAAACUGAGAAGAUGACAUCUCUAUACUCUACUCUAUUCGAGUCUGGAGCAUCGCUGAAAAACUCCACUGAAUGCUGGCCGCAUUCUCGUUUCAUCUAUUAUAACUUGGAUCUAUCCUCUUCUCUACUCAAAUGCCAAACAGUAAAUGCCGUCAGCUCAAAACAUUUUUCUUUCUCAUGUUUCUUCUUGCAUCAUUUCUGCUUGCUUACGCAAAUGCGCCGGCCUCCUCGAGACGGCUCUUGAGGGUGCCGUUCUUGACGAGCUCCUGCAGGUCCGAGUUUCCGCCGACGUGCUGCUUGGCGAAGAAGAUGUUGGGGACGGAGCGCUGGCCGGAGAUUUCGAGGAGGGCGUCCUGGAGGUCGUCGCCGU